GAAUCCUUCCUCCGAAUGGCAUUUAACCUGUUGCAGCUGGAGGGGGCACAGCGCGCUCGCUGUGGGGAAGAGAAGGCGGGAGAAUUCGCUCGACUCUCUCGGCUUCCAAAGGGGAGGAAAGCAGCAAGCUGAAGAAGCCACCCCAAAGCCAAGACCUUCAGCCACCAGCGACGAAAGGGGGAAGUCUUGUGGCUGCGUUUUCUCCCCUUCUCCUCCUCCUCCUCCUCCUUCCCACCCCUGACGAUGCCUGCUCGACGCUGGGGCUCUGGGGCUCCUCGCUUGCUGCUGGCGCUGCUGCUGGCUGUGGUGCCUCUGGUUUCUGCCCACCGCGCGACGGGGCCCCGGUUUUUAAUAAGUGAUCGUGACAGAGACCCGCAAUGUAACCUCCACUGCUCCAGGUCCCCAACCAAGCCCCUCUGUGCUUCAGAUGGCAGGACGUACGAGUCGAUGUGUGACUACCAGAGAGCAAAAUGCAGGGAUGCAAGCCUGAGUGUGGUUCAUCGAGGCAGAUGUAAAGAUGCUGGUCAAAGCAAAUGCAGAAUAGAAAGGGCUCAAGCUCUGGAUCAAGCAAAGAAGCCGCAAGAAGCAGUCUUCAUUCCAGAGUGCACUGAGGACGGAGCAUUCACCCAAGUGCAGUGCCAUACCUAUACCGGAUACUGCUGGUGCGUCACUCCAGACGGCAAACCCAUCAGUGGUUCUUCUGUACAGAACAAAACUCCUGUAUGUUCAGGUUCAGUAACUGACAGGCCUUUAGGACAGGGUAAUUCUGGCAGAAAAGUUUCUUUUCUAUUCUUUUUAACUCUCAAUUCAGAUGAUGGUUCGAAACCAACACCCACCAUGGAGACCCAGCCUGUUUUUGACGGAGAAGAGAUCACAGCUCCCACCCUUUGGAUUAAGCAUUUGGUCAUCAAAGAUUCCAAACUGAACAGUUCUAGUAUGAAAAAUUCAGAGAAAGUUAACUCCUGUGACCACGAGAGGCAAAGUGCUCUUGAGGAGGCCAGGCAGAACCCUCGUGAGGGGAUUGUUAUUCCUGAAUGUGCCCCUGGAGGACUGUACAAGCCAGUUCAGUGUCACCAGUCCACAGGAUAUUGCUGGUGUGUUCUGGUAGACACAGGCCGUCCUCUGCCUGGUACUUCCACCCGAUACGAGACCCCCGUGUGUGAAAGUGAUGCCAGAUCGAAGAGCCCAGAAACGGAUGACCCUUUCAAAGACAGAGAACUUCCAGGCUGCCCAGAAGGGAAGAAAGUAGAAUUUAUUACAAGUUUACUGGAUGCUCUCACCACAGACAUGGUACAGGCCAUUAACUCAGCAGCACCUGCUGGAGGCGGAAGGUUCUCUGAGCCCGAUCCCAGCCACACGUUGGAAGAGCGGGUGGUCCAUUGGUAUUUCAGCCAGCUGGACAACAAUAACAGCAAUGACAUCAACAAGAGGGAGAUGAAGCCCUUCAAGCGCUAUGUCAAGAAGAAAGCCAAGCCCAAGAAAUGUACGCGGCGCUUCAUUGACUACUGUGACCUCAACAAGGACAAGUCCAUCUCACUACAAGAACUGAAAGGUUGCCUGGGCGUUGGGAAGGAAGGAGGGAGCGUUGGAAGUUUCCCCCAUGGAAAAAGACAAGGUGUUAACCCUUUUAUCGGACGUCUUGUCUAAGAGCUGAUGGAAAAGCAUGAACCAGACGGAAGGAAGGACGAACCGGACACAUCGCCAUUUGAAAACACUCAGGUGGAACUGGCAACAUCCAAUGUAGCAGAAGUGGCCACCACAACAUUUGCACUUUUGGAAAAAAAAUAACGAAGAGGGGUGGAAGUUGGUCUACUUAUUAUGCCAUUUUAUAUAGUACUUUAGAGAAGAAGAAAGAGUAAACAAAGAAAAAAGAAAGAUAAAGAAAACUGAACAGCUACUGAUGAUUUAAAUGUUAGGGAUUUGCUUGGACUUGAAGAAUGAUGUUUAAUAUACUGUAUAUAAAUGUAAAUUGUACAGUUGUCUUGUGCUGGCCUUAGUGUGGCUAUUUGGUUUCUGCCUAUGACUUUUUUUGAAGCUGGUUUAGAUUAAAGGGGUACAGAGGACUCUGGAAUCCAGGGAUGCUUUGGUUUCUACAACCAAUCAAAAUUCAACUUUUUUCUUGCACAAGGAUCAUCAUGAUUCAAAUAAGUCAACAGUGUUGGUGGCUCACAUAUUACUUGAACACUGUGUGUGCGUGUGUGCAUGCGCACAUAUCCAUCCAUACACAAACACAAAUGCAGAAAAUGGGACUAGUCAGCACUAGUCCUACUCAGAAUAGUUUCUCCCUCUGCAAUAUCUGAGGGCUAAUUUUGUAUAGCUCAACUAUGAUCUCUCAACCAGCCAGUGCUCAAGGCCAAGACCACCUUAGCUACAGCAGUACGACAGUUUCAUGUGUUUUCAGGGUUUGCUCCGAUAUUUUCUGUUAUGGGGUUUAAAGCUAAUUGCUGCAUUGGCAUGAGAAUAGCUUUCCUACCCCAUGCUAAAUCUUAUUCCUGCUGGACUAGCUGCAAUCAAACUCCUGAUUUUGUUUGAGUCUUGGAUGAAUGUUGAUAAAAGCGCAUGUCUCCCACACUUUUGCAGAAGAAAGUGGCGUGGGGAAGUAAAAGGCUCUCCUGUCAAUAUAAAAUGGAGCAGGAGGCGACAAAACUGUUCUUAAAAGAUAGCAUGUGUAUGCUAGCAGUAUUUGUGCUGUCCUUGUUCCUGUACGCUUGCAGGGUCUUUGUGCUUAACAUCUCACUGUUGAGAAAUGAGGGAUCUGAGUGCUAUAGGUGUGCUUCCACCUUUUCUGUUGGAAGUUGUCCUGCAAACUUGAUUGCCUUGGGUUCCUCUGCUUGCACUGUGAUUUGUGAAUCCAUAUAAAUGCUCCUCAAGAGCAGUGUGGCAAUGCAUCUCCAUGUUUUAGCAGUGGGCUGUUGCAAGCUGAAAUACUCGAACAUCAUUGAAAAGCGGCUGCUUUUCAAGCAAGUCACAAUGGUGGAUUUCCAGGACAGUGCCUUGCCCUCCCCCCCCUUUUAAAUAUUUUGGCUUCAGUUAAGGUAUAGAUAGUUGAGUCUCAGUUACCAUAGAGGAUGCUCAAGCUGAGGAAUAUCAUGCUUUCUGGGGUUUUUUUCCUUUUCCAUUUUUGCUCAUGCAUUUCAUGCAUGGCCACUGUCCUUUGAAACUUUCUGGAGAACAUUCAGCCACACUUUUAUUGGAAGUAGCUGAGUCAUAAGCUCAUCUUAAACUGAUGCAAGAUAGUGUGUAAGGACUGCUUUAUUUAGUGGAAUUUUUUUAAAUGUCUAUUUUGAUUGGAUUUGGUAGCAGAGCAAUCAAUAGUCUGUAGUAAUAGCUUAGACUCUGAAAUAAACCCCAAUAGAAAACACCAGGGGUCAUGUUCUACUGUUGAGAAGCAGCCCUGCAUUGUCUUUCUCAGAUAGUUGUUGCAUCAUGGUGUCCUAGGUUCUGUUUUGGCAACUCUCAAUAUGUCACUUGACAGGAACAUAUGAAGCUUGUUGGUCCUGGCUCCUUAAAUGUUCAGCAGAAGCAAAGCAAGGUUGUAAAAAUAGUAACACGAUUCUUUGGAUUCUGAAUCUUGGUGGACUUCUCUGUGGGUAAAAGAUUUAAACUGGCCAGAAAAGUUUUGAUGCUUCUCUUUGAAAAGCUGUGCCAAAUUGUUUCGCAAGUAUAUUUCAAUGUGAAUCUUUGUCUCAUGGAACAGCAGCACCCACUGCUGGCUUCUCUUGCAUGUCACAUACAAUGUAUGUGCCUUCCCCCUCUCCAAGCUCCUCUCUGAAUAUUCCCCUCUUCUUUUGUACACUGAUCGUAUUGUGUAUGUGUAUUGUGUUACUUGGUUUUAUUAUACAGUGUAAAAAAGUCUUAUGUGGCCCACUUGACCCUGUUGUAGGAAUGAAGAACAACUUGUAAAGAACUUUCUGUACACGUUCUUUCUUUUCACAUGCUGCCUCCCCCCUCCUCCCCUCACCCAACAGCAAUAGCACAGACACUGCUGUAAAUUCUUCUGUGACUCACUAGCUCACCUUGUCAAAAUGGCCAUUGCUUGUUCAUCUGAAGAGGCAGCUUUCACCCCACCCCAGCAACACAACUUUUCAGUUUUAUUUCUCACACAGGGCUUACAUAAUCUGAUCCAUGGUCUCUCUAGCUGAGCAUCUUGUCCACAAGGUCCAAAUAACCUCUUGUUGGAAACUUUAACAGCAACACAUAGUCCUGGUUGUUCUUUCCUUGUCUGCCCUUUUGAAGUGUUACAGAUACACUAAUCUUGGGGAUGUUUGCCCUGAGCAGAAGGACGUAGAGUGGUACCUCGGGUUAAGAACUUAAUUCGUUCUGGAGGUCCAUUCUUAACCUGAAACCGUUCUUAACCUGAGACACCACUUUAGCUAAUGGGGCCUCCCACUGCCGCCGCGGCGCAAUUUCUGUUCUCAUCCUGAAGCAAAGUUCUUAACCCGAGGUACUAUUUCUGAGUUAGCAGAGUCUGUAACCUGAAGCGUCUGUAACCCAAGGUACCACUGUAAUAACAGUCUUGCAGAAUUAGACCAGGGCUCAUCUAGCCUAGACUUCCGUUGCCUCUGUCUAGCUAGAUGGUUCUGGGUGUACUCAUGAGCCUGUGCUUAAGGGAGUGAUGGCCUCCCCUGUUUGGUUGUCUUGGCCAUCUAUUAAUAAACUAUGGAUAUUUCUGUU